AUGUACCGGCAAAUAUUGCUUCACGAAUCGCAAACGCAUAUGCAACCCAUAUUAUGGCGCGAGGAUUCGGAUGCUCUGAUUAACGAAUACGAAUUCCUUACCGUAACACACGGGACGAGUUCGGCAUCAUUUCUGGCCACUAGAUGCCUUCAGCAUUUGGCACAGAGGUGUGCAUCCGAGUAUGCGGUUGGAGCAAGAUGCGUCUUACGAGACUUCUACGUGGACGACUUGCUCACCAGUGCCGACACUAUACCAGAAUUGAAACGCGCGCGCGAAGAAAUGGUUGCGUUAUUGAGGCGCGGACAUUUUGAGUUAGGAAAAUGGGCAUCCAACGGCCGAGAUUUACUGCAGGACGUGGAAGGCGCGACAGAUACAAGCAUAGCGUUGGGCGACAAUUCAAACUCCAGGAUCUUGCAUGAAACCCGGACUUGGAAGUCUCAGGUCGAAUGGAACGAAUCGCUGCCUCAGAAUAUGCAUUGUCGGUGGUUGGGGGUGAAACGGCAGCUGGCGCAUUUGGGCGAGCUACGCGUACCGCGCUUUGUCGGGUGCGUGGGCGAUGCCCGCGUAACACAACUGCAUGGCUUCUGUGAACGAGCGUAUGGCGCGUGCGUUUACGUCAGAACGCAAGUGUCCGGGACAUGCCGGGUUCGACUGUUAGCUUCUAAGUCGUGGGUCGCGCCUAUCAAAGCUAUAUCACUACCCCGUUUGGAGUUGAGCACAGCUUUACUAUUGGCAAGACUAAUGGAAAAAGUUCAGGCAGCAAUAGAGUGCUUGGGAGCUAGAGUAGUCUUAUGGUCGGAUUCCACUAUCACAUUGCAGUGGAUUCUCCUCUCUGAGUCUCGGAAGUGGGGAGCGUUUGUAGCAAACCGGGUGGGAGAAAUCCAGCGUACAACAGAAAACGCAGACUGGCGGCACGUGCCGUCCGCGGAGAAUCCGGCCAACGUGUUUUCGCGCGAUGCUGGUUUGGCGGUCUUAACUCCAGCGGUCUUGUCUCCAGCAUGUGGUGGAACGGUCCACCGUUCUUGCAGCUUGACGAGGGGCAGUGGCCGACGAGAAAAAUUGAACUAUCAGAAGAAUUGCCGGAGCAGAAAAGAGUGA